AUGGCGAGCCCUCUCAUCCAAAGCGAGGCUCACAUUUCCGGCGAAUGCUUCAAGGCCCCUCUCCCCAUCCUUACACCACCGCCAGUUGCCAGAUGGCUACUCUUCUCUUCGACAUUAGUCUUCGCCGUGAUAGUUGUCGGCGGUGUAACAAGGCUCACGGAAUCUGGCCUGAGUAUCACGGAAUGGCAGCCCGUUACGGGAAUAUUACCCCCUCUGACACAAGAACAAUGGCAAGUCGAGUUUGACAAGUAUAAACUUACUCCUGAAUUCAAAUUGCUAAACCACUCUAUCUCUAUCAACGACUUUAAGAGCAUCUUUUACAUGGAAUGGGGUCAUCGUGUCCUUGGCCGUCUUAUUGGAAUAACCUUCGUGCUUCCCCUCGCAUACUUCGCCAUCCGCAAAAAGAUUUCCACCAAAACAACCCUCCGAAUGUCAGGCCUCGCCGUGCUAAUUGGUGCGCAGGGUGCUUUAGGAUGGUACAUGGUGAAAUCAGGUUUGGACGACUCGUUGAUGGAAACCCCUGGAGCCGUACCCCGCGUCUCGCAAUACCGCCUUGCAGCCCAUCUGGGCUUGGCCGUCGCUCUCUAUGCUGGCAUGUUUGGCACUGGCAUGGCCGCUAUCAAGGAUUGGAAGUUCGCACACGGGGCGCCUUGGAGCGGUCUCAAGAGCCCAGAAGCGAUCUCGAAGGUCCUGGCUAACCCCAUUGUACGCCGGUUCAAAACGCAAUCGUGGGCUUUGGCUGGAUUGGUUUUCCUCACCGCGUUGUCAGGAGCAUUCGUCGCUGGUUUAGAUGCUGGUUUGCUGUACAACGAGUUCCCUCUGAUGGGUGGACGGUUAGCGCCGCCCGCUGAUGAGCUGAUGUCUCGGGCUUAUGCUAAAAGUGCGGAUGGGUCCGACCUCUGGUGGAGGAACAUCUUCGAGAAUCCAACAACCGUACAAUUCGACCAUCGCGUUCUUGCCAUCACUACUUAUCUGAGUACAGGGCUUCUCUAUGCUCAAACAUUCAAGCCAGCCCUUCGCGCUGCUCUCCCGCCUUUGGCGCGCAUGGCAACCGGUGUUGUGUUUGCCAUGGCUAACGUCCAGGUGUUAUUGGGCAUUUCUACUUUGCUGUACUUAGUCCCCGUGCCUCUGGCUGCUGCACAUCAAGCGGGCAGCGUGGCUCUAUUGAGCGCAGCCAUCCAUCUUUUAGUGACAUUGCGUCGCCCUGGACUGGCAGCUCAGUUGCUGCGCCGAACUCGAAGGAAGCCCACGUAG